AUGAUUUCCACGCCUCUACUCUCACCAUCAUCAUCAUUAUCAUCAUUGCAAACAAACAAAGCAUGGCUCCUCCUCUUGCCAGCUCUUGCAAUGUCAGCUGUCGCAGUCGACACCAGCUGGCACCCUCCCAGCUCGACGACUGGCAUCAACAACCUGGAUGAAGUCCUCGACGGCGACGGCGUGUUCGGCUUCAUCUUCGAUUCGUCCCAUACUCCGACCGAGCUGUAUGGGCGGUAUAAUUACUGCAAUAUGCCGCAUGUGCGCCGGACGGAGUAUCGGCCGGCGCCGGAGGGGUAUGAGCUUGUUUAUGUGGAGGUUAUCCAUCGCCAUCACAAGAGAACCCCCAACCAAGCCAAUACCUUUCCCGUCGAAGGGUACUCUUGGGACUGUGAUGACACGAAACGGUAUUACUAUGGCCAGCCGAUCCCAGGCCAUUCCAGUGCCACCACGUUCUGGCAGGUCGAUGAGGCCCCUUUGAACCCGUUCACCGUCAGCGGUUUCAACGGCACCUGCUCGUUUCCCCAGAUCACGGACGGGGGGCUGGAGGAUUCCUGGCAGCACGGCCGAGACCUGUUCGAGGUCUACCACGACCUUCUGGGUUUCCUCCCGGACAAUUUCGACGACGCAAGAGUUCAGUUCCGCGUCACGAAUAAUGGAAUCACCAGCCAAGUGGCUGGGAUGGUGAUCAAUGGGAUGUAUAAGUGGCAGCAAAACGUCCCUCUUCUCGUCCAGAGAGAUUCAAUUGAUUCUCUCGACCCGGCGUAUUCCUGUCCCGCAGGACAGGCCAUGUUUCGCACAAUAACUGACGGCCAGACGGAGUCGCCGUGGAAAUCGCAUCUUACUCGCAGUCAGUUGCUCUUUGACGCCCUUGAUGCCAUCUCCGGCGUGCCGUCAGACGCGACAGACUGGCAUGAGAGUUACGACCAUUAUUUCGACAACCUGGCUUCUCGACUCUGUCAUGGGAAACCCCUUCCCUGUAAGGUGGACGAUCCCAGUACAUGUAUCGACCCCGAGCAAGCCGAUGCCGUCUUCCGCCUCGGCCAAUUUGAGUAUUCCUACAUGUACCGGGACGCGCCCGCCUCUCUGGCUGCCAGCUCCGCUAUAUUCGGGGUAUGGAUCGGCGAGCUGGCACAGCAUAUACGGGAGAAGACGACGAGAGACGGCAACGGGCGACCGUCUCCGGUCAUCUAUCGACACAAUAUCGCCCAUGACGGCAGCCUGGCCAAACUGCUCUCCAUCCUGCAGAUCGACGAGAUGGUCUGGCCGGGAAUGGGCGCGGAGGUCGUCUUUGAGCUGUACUAG